AUGGCGUUAUCCAAAGGAAAACUUAAAGAAGCUCUGGAAUUUUAUUCUGAAGCUGUUGCAGCUGAUCCAACAAACUACAUGGCUUACUACAGAAGAGCAACAGCUUAUAUCGCGAUGGGAAGAUUGAGGUCUGCGUUGCCUGAUAUCGACCGAACCGUUAAGCUAAAUCCCGGCUACGUUCUUGCUCAUAGACAAAGAGCAAACAUUAAUCUAAAACUCGGCAACCUCAAGGAGGCUCGAGCAUCCCUACUUAUAUUGAAAUCUGAUGACGCCGAAUCCCAAAAAAUCUUGAAUGAAAUAAGUGUACUGGAAGUUAAUAUUGAUCAGGCAAAGUCUUUUUAUUCAAAUGGUCAAUACAAUGAAGCCAUCCCCUUACUUGAUUAUUUACUAAACACAAUAACUUCAAGUAGCGAACUUCAUGAACUGCGUGCCUUGUGCAACAUAAAGAUUGGUGAGCAAAUCAAGGGUAUCGAGGAGUUACGUCAAAGCGUCCAUAUGGUUAGUGACAAUCGCGCCGGGAUGUUGCGUGUGUCUAUUUUAAUGUACAACGUCGGUCUGGCGGCCAGGUCUCUGGAAGAGGUCCGUAAUUGUCUUCGCUUAGAUCCAGAUGACAAAGAUUGCCGCGAACACUAUGGAAAAGUGAAAAAACUUGCAAACUUAAUCUCAGAUGCGCAAACUAGUGCUGAUGAUGAAAAGUGGGAGAAGUGUUUGUCGCUAUCUAACCGAAUUCUGGACCUUGAAGGCAAUAACUCUGAUUAUGUGCUGCAGGGCAAAACAUUAGUUUGUCGUUGUGGGGCAAGAGUCCAACCUGCUGAGUCCUUGGAAGCUUGUGAUUACGUUAUCAAGCGAAUGGGCCAGUCUGUUGACCCGCAUUUUGAUAAGGCUGAGGUCUAUAUCAAUCUUGAGAAAUAUGACGAAGCUGAAGCUGAGUACAGAAGAAUUUUGGAAUUGGAACAGAACAAUCACAAAGCUACCCAGGGUUUGAAAAAUGUGAAAAACCUUAAAGCCAGAGGGAAGAAAAGGGAUUAUUACAAAAUUCUAGGCGUAAGGCGGACGGCCAAUGAAAAGGAGAUAAAGCAGGCCUAUCGUGAAUUGGCUGGAAAAAACCAUCCUGAUCGUUAUACGGAUGAAGCUGAGAAAAAAGCGGCAGAGAAGCGUUUUCUUGAUAUCAAUGAUGCCCGUGAUGUUCUUCUUGAUAAAAAUAUGCGGGCUCAAUUUGAUAGUGGAAUCGAUCCCAAGGACCCCGAAGCCCAGGCAGGAAACCCAUUUGGCUCUGGAUCAGGUUUUGGUUCCCCCCACCAAUUCUUCACAGGAUCUGGUCCCUUUGGUUUCAACUUCCACAACUUCGAUCCGUUCGGUGCUGAUGGGGGUCACUUUGAAUUCCAUUUUGGCUGA